GGAUAGUCCGCCCAGUCUAGUGGUUCGCAACAAGCGUCUGGGGUUCGCUGCCAUCGAUUCUGAGACGAAACGCAUUUCUCUACGUUUCUUCUCUAUCUCUUCUUUCAUAAACGCAUCCAUAUUACAUUCUAUAUCAUUUCCAUCCCUUUGGUAACAAUCAUAGAGGCAGACACUGAAAUUGAAAAAAGACAAUAGAAUUUACUAGGCAUAAGGUUUGCAGUGUAGUUUAUGUUAAGAAGUCACGUUGUUUAGUUUUUAGAACAAUUAAUUUUCAUAAUGGAUAUAAUAAUUGAUACGAAAGGCGAAGCAGAUUUACUAACAAAAGAUCAUUUGACAGAUAAUGAUGAAGAUGAUUUUGAUUUUGAAAAUAGCGGCACACAGCCAGUCAAAUUUUUUGACGUAGAAGAUUUAACCCAGGAUGAAGUUUCAACAAAAAGAGUAUUUCGCAGUGUAACUAAAGAUUUUGAUCUUGAGGAAUUUGAAGAAAAUAUGGGUUGGUCAAACAAAGGAUCUCAGAAAAAGAAAAGUCAAGAGGCAAUUCCUGUUCCAGACAUAACUAAUUUUACAAUGGAAUUAACACCAGUAGAAAAGGUACUUAAAAAAAGCGUCAUAGUACCUGGUUUUGAAAAGCUGCUUGCUGUGCCUCCGUACGAGUUAAGUAAAAGGGUAUUACAAGCUAAGAAUCGCAAAGAACGUGCUAAAACUAAAGGCAAAGAUUGGUAUAAUCUGCCUGCUCCUGAAUUGACACCAGAGGUCAGACAUGACCUUCAAAUUAUAAGAAUGAGAUCGGUAUUGGAUCCAAAACGUUUCUAUAAGAAAAAUGAUCUUAAAACAAUACCAAAGUACUUUCAAAUUGGUAAAGUUAUGGACUCACAUUUGGAUUAUUAUUCUGGACGUCUUACUAAAAAAGAACGUAAGAACACGAUUGUGGAUGAACUUAUGGCUGAUGCUCAAUUUUCUAAAUAUAACAAACGUAAAUAUAAGGAAAUCAUUGAUGAGAAGAAAAAAUUACAUUAUAAAGCUCACAGACAUGCAAAGAAACUUAAAGGAAAGAAAAAAUGAUAAAUGUAACUUAUAAAUAUAUAAUAUAUAAUAUAUUUUAAACCAA